AUGGCUUAUCAUGCAAAGACCGGUGUUGGGGAGAGACAACAUUCAGGUGAACCUGAGGAAAAACCUUUUUCUUGUGAACAUUGUCCCAGAACAUUUCCUUACGCUGCUGGCUUAAGAAAUCACAUGAGCGUUCAUAAUAGAAGAAACUCGUACAGGUGUGACUAUUGUCCAGAGACAUUUUAUUGCGCUUCAGUGUUAAAGAAUCAUAUGAGAGUCCAUACUGGUGAAAAGGUGGAAAAACCCUACAAAUGUGAAAGUUGUUCAAAGGAAUUUUCACACGUCUCAAAGCUCAAGAACCAUGAAAGAGUCCAUACUGGUGAAAAGGUGGAAAAACCCUACAAAUGUGAAAGUUGUUCAAAGGAAUUUUCACACGUCUCAAAGCUCAAGAACCAUGAAAGAGUCCAUACUGGUGAAAAGGUGGAAAAACCCUACAAGUGUGAAAGUUGUUCAAAGGAAUUUUCACAUUUCUCAACGCUCAAGAACCAUGAAAGAGUUCAUACUGGUGAAAAGGUGGAAAAACCCUACAAAUGUGAAAGUUGUUCAAAGGAAUUUUCACACGUCUCAAAGCUCAAGAACCAUGAAAGAGUCCAUACUGGUGAAAAGGUGGAAAAACCCUACAAAUGUGAAAGUUGUUCAAAGGAAUUUUCACACGUCUCAAAGCUCAAGAACCAUGAAAGAGUCCAUACUGGUGAAAAGCCCUAUGCGUGUGAACUUUGUUCCAAGGCAUUCGCUCAAUCUUCUCAGUUAAAGAGACAUAUGGGAGUCCACUCGGAUGAAAAGGUAGAAAAGCCCUAUGCGUGUGAACUUUGUUCCAAGGCAUUCGCUCAAUCUUCUCAGUUAAAGAGACAUAUGGGAGUCCACUCGGGUAAAAAGGUAGAAAAACCCUAUAAGUGUGAAUUUUGUUCUAAGGCAUUCGCUGGAGUUUCAUACCUAAUAAUCCAUACAAGAGUCCACACUGGUGAAAGACCCUAUUCAUGUGACUACUGUUCAAAGACGUUUGCUAAUUCUUCUAGUUUAAGGAAGCAUAUGAGAGUCCAUACUGGUGAAACGGUGGAAAGACCCUAUAAGUGUGAAUGCUGUUUGAAGGCAUUCGCUAAAGUUUCUAAUUUAAGGAGACAUAAAAGAGUCCACACCGGUGAAAAGCCCUAUUCUUGCGACCAAUGUUCAAAGACAUUCACUGAUUCUUCAUAUUUAAUGAAACAUAUGAGAGUACAUACUGGUGAAAAGGUGGAAAAACCCUAUAAGUGUGAAUACUGUUUGAAGGCAUUCGCUAAAGUUUCUGAGUUAAGGAGACAUAUAAGAGUCCACACCGGUGAAAAGCCCUAUUCUUGCGACCAAUGUUCAAAGACAUUCAAUUAUUCUUCAUGUUUAACGAAACAUAUGAGAAUCCACACCGGGGAAAAGCCCUAUUCAUGUGACUACUGUUCAAAGACGUUUGCUGAGUCUUCCAGUUUAAGGAAGCAUACGAGAGUCCAUACUGGUGAAAUGGUAGAAAAACCAUGGAAAUGUGAUUGUUGUUCAAAGACAUUUGCCCACAUUUGGACGCUCGAAGUACAUGAAAGAAUCCAUACUGGGGAAGAGCCGUAUUCAUGUGAAUACUGUAUGAAGGCAUUCACUCAACCUGUACAUUUGAAGAAACAUAUGAGAGUCCAUACUGGCGAAAAGGUGGAAAAACCCAAUAAGUGUGAAUAUUGUCCCAAGGCAUUCACUAAAGUUUAUAAUUUAAAGAAACAUAUGAGAGUCCAUACUGGUGAAAAGGUGGAAAAGCCCUACCAGUGCGAAUGUUGUUCUAAGAAAUUUGUACACCUUUCGAUGCUCAAAAUACAUGGAAGAUCCCAUACUGGUGAAAAGCCCUAUUCGUGUGACCUUUGUUCGAAGGCAUUCACUCAAUCUUAUCAUUUAAAGAGACACAUGGGAGUCCACUCAGGCGAAAAUGUGGAAAAACCCUAUAAGUGUGAAUAUUGUCCCAAGGCAUUCACUGAAUUUUAUAAGUUAAAGAAACAUUUGAGAGUCCAUACUGGUGAAAAAGUGGAAAAGCCCUACCAGUGCGAAUGUUGUUCUAAGAAAUUUGUGCACCUUUCGAUGCUCAAAAUACAUGGAAGAGUCCAUACCGGUGAAAAGCCCUAUUCGUGUGAACUUUGUUCGAAGGCAUUCGCUCAAUCUUAUCAUUUAAGGAGACAUAUGGGAAUCCACUCGGGUGAAAAUGUGGAAAAGCCCUAUAAGUGUGAAUAUUGUCCCAAAGCUUUCACUGCAGUUUAUUAUUUAAAGAGACAUAUGGGAGUCCAUGCUGGUGAAAAGGUGGAGAACCCCCACUAGUGUGGUGUCAUGUAUGGCAAAUUUUUGUGAGCACAUUUUCAGUGUAGUCUGUAGCAGGGUUGCUAUUUUGUCCACUGUUUUGUAAAAAGUCCAGGACGCCGGACAAAAUUGAACAAAAUGGACGAAAUGAAAAUUCAACUGAUUAUACUGUCGUGUGCAGGUAAACGGCAGUAUCUACAAAAAUGAGUUUUUGAGAUAUUUGAAGAAACAUGUUUUUGAUUUCCCACAAGCAUUAAUAAAAUAUUAAAAUUUGAUUUUAGGUGAUUCUUUAUGUUUAUAUUGAAAUAUUUUUUGGGUAAUUUGUUUCAUUUUGAUUUUUUAGUCAAAAUUUUGAUCAAUGCAGAUACAUCCGUUUACCUGCUCUUCCCGCUAGUAUUUUUCAUCCACUUUUGACUGGUAGUUAGCAGUAACUGCACAAUAUGCUAUUGAAUGACCAAUAAUUACAGAUUCGACAUAAUACAGAGUAGAU